AUGAAAACUAUCAAACACCAAGCAUCAGUUCCUGGUACAAGUGCAACACAAAAACCAGUCACCAAUUUUUUUAUGAAAUCCAAUAUUACUGACGAUGUUAAAAGAGGUGAAAUCCUAUUGGCGUCUUUUGUUGCUGAGCACAACCUCUCCAUCAAUGUUAUGGAACACCUCCCCCAGUUGGUAAAAGCUGUAUGCAAAGAUUCCACAAUAGCAAAGGAAAUUUCUUGUAGUCGAACAAAAACCACAGCUAUAAUAAAAUCUGUAACAGGCGCUUCAGAAAAAGAACAUCUGGUAGCUGAUCUAAAAACCAGCAAAUUCUCCCUUUUAAUAGAUGAAAGUACAGAUAGAGGAUGUGUGAAACUUUUAGCUGUCGUCGUAAAAUAUUACAAGAACGGGGAAAUAAGAGAUGCGCUUCUUGGAUUAGUACCCGUGCAAGAUACUACAGGUGAAAAACUUUAUGAACAACUUGUGAAGUUACUCAACGAUAAUGGCAUUCCCUACAAAAAUAAUAUGGUUGGUUUUGCCGCAGAUGGAGCAAAUGCAAUGAUGGGUCAGCACAAUUCGGUGGCAAGUAGAUUACUAAUAGAUAUACCCAAUCUCUAUGUUUUGAAAUGCAUUUGCCAUUCGUUUGCGUUAUGUGCGUCGUAUGCCUGCACAAAGCUCCCGCGUGAAGCUGAAGGCCUGGUGAGAGAUGUUUUUAACUAUAUCAGUACGAGUCCAAAACGCAUGGGUGUUAUAAAACAAUUUCAAGAGUUUCUUUCGUUAAAGCCACACAAAAUGUUGCACCCGUGCCAAACUAGAUGGCUCUCAUUGCGUGCUGCUGUAAUGCGUGUUUUAGAGCAAUACGAAGCAUUAAAAUUAUAUUUUACUGAGGCAGCUUUCAGUGAUCGAUUGAAUUCAGCGGAAUCAAUUUUACAAAUGCUCAAUAAUCCAUACAACAAAAUAUAUUUGCAAUUUCUGGAAUUUGCAUUGGAUUUUUUUACCAAACUGAAUAAAAUAAUGCAGUCAGAAAAGCCACAAAUACACAAGUUACAUGAAAACUUGAGCAAUACUUAUAAAACCUUUUUGGACUGCUACUUGGGCAGUGCAUAUCUGAUGAGAACUGAACUCCAGAACGUACAACAUGACAACCCUCGACACUAUAAACCAAUCGAAGAAAUUUAUUUGGGUGUGAAUGUUGCCUCAUCUUUAUCUUCUUCCAAUUUGAGUCCUAAUGACAUAAAACUUUUCAAAUUACGAUGUCUUGAAUUCUAUACAGCAAGCAAUUAAAACCACUCUCCAAAUUUGAGUAUGUUAAUCUUUACGACAAAUAAUGAAAUACGUGUUUUUUCUUUUUAUGUCGUUUAGAACAAAAAUGUUGAGUUAUAUCGUCACCAAGUUAUUUUCAAAAAACCUACAUUUGUGGACGCUCUCGCUGCCCAGUACAUGCGCUUUACGCGCUACGUUACACUUACCCCUCCCUCCCUUGCCGCAAUUCAUUGAUAGUAAUAAUAGCAGCUACCUAAAAUGUUUUCGUUUUGUCAAGCUUGGGGAAAUGAUAAAUAAAGUUGAAACCUCUUCAUACUUUUAUGGGCUUAGGACCGUCAAAUUGCAUAAAUCCUAUUAGAUACCUACUAUUACAAUAGCUUAAAUCAAAUUUAUAAAUUAAGUAGGUACAUAAGUAAAUAUCGAGUUACCUAAAAUUCUGUUUAGUUAAACCAAUUCAAAGUAGGUACUUAACUCGCUAUUCUUUUGCAAUCAGGCGUAUUUAAAAAAUCAUCAACUUUAUGUACAUAAUCAACUAAUCAAUUUACCUACCUACUUUAACUAUUUACCUACGUAUACUUUAAUAAUUGUUCAAAGUACAUACCGUUCCUCUCCAAACAGAGUCUUCCACCUUUUCUGCACAUUAUCUUUUAAUUUUGCGAGCACUACCGUGCCAUUUUUCACUUGGUAAAAUGCCGCUCUGAUUUGCACUUUUAAGUCCUCGAGGCUUUGUGCUUCCUCAACAUACACACGUCUUUUAAUUUCGCCCCACAAAUAAAAGUCACACUGUGGUAG